AUGGAGCCGUAUAAGCCCGAGCCCGAGUUCCAGCGGUUUUACCACCGGUUGCUGCGUCCGCUGUCGCUCUUCCCCCGCACGACGACGCGCACAGAGUCUCAGAAGCGCCUCUCGCAGGAGGUCCUGAUGCUGCUGCCCCUACCGGUCUCACGGCUGACGGUGGCGUCGCUCUGCCGCCAGGUAGCGGAGCGGCUGGCCAACAGCGGGCUGGAGGCGCGCGCGCCUCGCAAGGUACGACUCCGUUUCACCGAGGUCAUCCUGGAUGAGCUAAAGUGCAGCUGGCAGGAGCCCCCCACCGAACCUGGUCUGAGCCACCGGAACAAUCAGAGACUGCGGGAGCGGCUCCUGGUCUACGUGCUGCUCAGCAGCGAGCAGCUCUUCGUACGCUACCUGCACCUUCAGAAGAUCAUGUCGACCCCCGCAGCUGUCUUCACCGAAUCAGCCACGCUCACCCGGUUGGCCGCCAGCCUCGCCAGGGACUGCACAGUCUUCCUCACCGGCCCCGAGGUCUACCGUGGCCUGCUCGCUGACUUCCGCGCCCUGCUGAAGGAAGGGCAGGUCCAAGUCUGCGUGCCCAGACUGCGCCCCCUCGGCCCCCCUGCGGCUUCCAGGCUCUGCCCUAUCCCAUGGAAUCACAGCACUGGCUUUGCCCAAGUGCCGUAUUUCAACCUCAGCCUGAACUACCUCAUCCAACUCAGCCGCCCGCGAGAGUUUGUCCGUGAGCCUGAACCGGACCCAGUGAAGGAACUGAAGCCCAUUCCCCAGCUGAAGAAGAAGCCUGUCUGCCGUCUGUCCACCAUGCAAAAGCGGAGAGAAAGCAACUUCAGUUCACAGAUUGCCUCACUGCCUGGGUCCUCUGUGGCUACCCCCAGCCAGGUUCCCCCCACCUCCCACUUGCCCCUCUCCUCCCAGCUCCAGAGGGGCCAGUCCAUGCCCUCUCUGCGUGAGGGCUGGAAACUAGCAGAUGAGUUGGGCCUUCCUCCAUUCUCUCCUCGCCCCUUAACCCCACUGGUCCUGGUUGCAGAGAGCAAACCGGAGCUGGCAGGGGACACUGUGGCUGAGGACCUGAAGCAGAGGAUGAAGAACAUGCAAUUGGGGUGGUCUCACUACUCACUGCUGGACUCGGGCCUGCCCCCACUCUUGGGGGCCCUGACCUACCGCCCAGCUGCAUCACAUCACAUGGAAGAGCUGCAGAGAAUGUUGAAGGGCCUCGAGGAGAAGGAAGCCUCAAAGCAGUGGAGCCUCCAGUCCCCCAGAUCCCAUCCACUUGAACCACAGCCAGUGACUGUUACUUUGAAGCUAAGAAAUCAGGUGGUCCAGGCAGCUGCUGUACAGGUCUCAGCAAGAAACUUUUUGGAUUCCUUCCACGUUGAGGGGCCUGGAGUCCUAUACAACCACCUGGCGGGUGAACUGGAACCCAAACUUAUCGAGGAAAUGGAUACUGAUUGCACUUUUGGCAGUAGCAUCAGGGAGGUGUACAAGGAGCUGAUGAGCCGUGUCUCUAAUGACCACUUCUCUUUUGACCAGGGGCCCCUGGUUGAGCCUGCAGCCAAUAAAGACUGGUCAGCCUUCCUAUCCUCAGCCUUUCUACGUCAAGAAAAACAGCGUCGUAUCAUCAACACCAAGCUGGCUGGACUUUAUUCCCUGAGAGCUAACACUUUACAGUCCAACCCUGAUAAGAUGUCCUCCUUCACAUCACUGCAAGCAAGUAAAAGCUGGGAGAAGUGGUCAAACAAGGCCUCAUGGCUGAACUGGUGGAAAACGACUUUGUCUGUGGGUGACUACUUUAAGUACCUCACCACCCAGGAGACAGAUUUCCUCCAUGUCAUCUUCCAAAUGUAUGAAGAGGAGGUUCCUGUGGAGAUCGUGGCCCCUGUCAGAGAGUCCCUAAAGAUUCAGCACCCACCUCCCUUGCUAGAAGACGACGAGCCAGACUUUGUGCCAGGGGAGUGGGAUUGGGACACAGUGCUGGAGCACAGGCUGGAAUCUAAGAACAACAGCCUCCUGGAAGACUCUCACAAAAUCCUGAGCCUGCGUCUGGAGCGGCUGUGGUCCAUGCUUGAGGUCCCUGACAAAGACCGGCUGGACAUGGCCAUCAAGUACAGCUCCAACGCCCGCCUGAGGCAGCUGCCGUCACUGGUGAGUGCCUGGGAGCAGGCCUUGCAGCCCAUUCAGCUGCGGGAGAUAUUGCUGGGGAAACUGGAGUGGUUUGAGCGACAAGCCUCCGACCCUAACCGCUUCUUCCACAAGACCGACAUGGGCCUGAGUCGCUUCCUGGGGGAGAAUCGGGUCCGCAACCAUCUCCAUAAGAGGCUCGGUCUAGUGGAGGCUCCUUUGGUUCCCCUCCUGGAGGAGAUCGAGUUAGUCUUUGGUGAGCCGGUGACCUUCAAGGGGCGGCGCUACCUGGACAAGAUGAAGCAUGACAAAGUGGAAAUGCUCUACUGGCUGCAGCAGUGGCGGCGGGUCCACCACCUGGUCCGGGCCAAGAGGGCCUCCCAUCAGUCAGCCCUGUCCAGGAAGCUCAGCAGCCAGCCUUUAAUAGCCCCUGGGAAUACGCCCAUUACUCUUUGA